AUGUAUGUUGCCACCAAGGGUCGUUUGUAUGAGAGAGUCACCCAUGUCGAUUGUAAGGAAUCUUCCAGUCGUCAAUUGUUUUAUGCGGGUGCUAUUACUAAAUUUGUUUUGAAUUUUCACGACAAAGAUCAUGUUGGUGUGAAAAAUACUCCGAAUAAGAUUCAUGUCCAGUACGUUGGCAAAGGUCUCGGAGAAGUUAAGAAGGAUCAAGAACAACAAAAUGAACCCCAGAUAUUUUUACACUGUCUAUCUUCACCAUUCUAUCUUGUUGGGUGGGAAUUUAUUGGUACCUUAACCGAGACACCCUCUUAUAUGAAAUAUAAGAUUGUAGCUGUUCGUUAUCCGACUAAAUCGCAAAUCUUUAAAGUCAUCAAAGAGAUCAAUGCUGAGAUUAUUGCCCAGUUUAUACAAGACAAAAUCACUGCUGUUUACGGUGCUCCUUGCUGUGUUAUUACGGAUAUAGAAUCAAAUUGUCUUUCUAAGCCAUUUAUAUAUUUAUCUGAAACGUAUUGA